AUGGCGUCGAGUGACCAAUCAUCCACGUACCACAUCGGGUUCAAACAGGGUACCAUCAAGCUGUUCGAGCUGCGGAACGUCUCGACAUGUCUGCAGUACCUCCUCCCGACGCUGAAGUUGCUGCCGCCCACUUUCUCUCUCCUGGACGUUGGCUGCGGCCCAGGUAGCAUCACCCUCGAUCUGGCGCGGCACUUUCCCCAGGCCACAAUCAUUGGCGUGGACCAGAGCGCCGAGGUGACGGAGCGCAACCAGGCCAGCGUCGAGGCCCUCGCCCCAGGCACACGCGUGGAGUUCCGCCAGGGCGACAUACUACGCCCCGAGACGUUUCUCACUCCCGCCGAGAUGGAGGCCAAGUUCGACGUCGUCCAUGAACACACCACGCUCAUCUGCAUCCCCGAGAACGCCCCCGUCCUGAGGCAGAUGCGGCUGCUCGCGAAGCCCAAGGGCGGCAUCGUGGCGUGUCGCGACGGGGAUACGCAAUCGCAGGUGCUGUGGCCGCCGUGUCCCGAGAACGCGGAGCUGCAGGAGCGCAUUUACAGGAUGAACGGGCUAGAGACGCAGACCGGGCGCCGGCUGAUCCACAAGGCGCUGGAAGCCGGGUUCCGAAGGGAUCAGAUCACGGCGUCGGCGAGCGUGCUGUCGAAUAUCACGCCCGAGGAGAGGUUUGCAUAUGCAGGGUCCAUGCUGGAUAUUCUCGCCGACGAGAACUCUGAGUAUCGUCGGGCGGCGGCCAAGUUUGGGUACACAGCGGAGCAGAUAGAUGUGCUCCGCGUGAAUAUGCAGCGGUUCAUUGACGCCGAGGAUGCUUGGAGACUGUUGAUAUGCACAGAAAUCAUCUGUCGGCUGGAUGCAGAUGAUAAGACCGGUCCAACAAACACUUUAGCCUAG